UAGACUGAACGCUUCUUGAAAACGAAGAGGUCAAGACAGCCAUACACAGUGCGGCAUUCACAUGACCGAAUAAGCAGCCAAUCAUCUUCUACUAUAGCUAAAUGGGCGGUGCUUUUGCUCAUGAAUAUCCAAUAAGCGAUCUAUACGGGCACGGGCUACACAAAGGAGAGGCAUGUAGUUUCCGCAUCUUGGUGCGAUAGUAUCUACACAGGACGCUUAAAACGUGGUAGAAGUGAUACAAAUAAGCGUUUAGUCAAUUCUUUCUCCGAGGAGCAGGAAGAGGCUUACUUUCUCUAAUAUUUCGUCCGGAGCUCUGGUGCGAACAAUGCCUGGUGAAGCCGCGGUGGCGGUCGCGCCUCAACCCAACACAAGCGUCGACCCAGCAGCUAAGCAGAAGUCUUUCCCGUUUGUCAUUAAGAAGAUUAUGGACAUCCCGCCUCCUAACAUUCUAGAGGAAGGCGAUGACGAGAUCGAGAAGGAGAAGCUGGGCUCAGCUGAGGAUGUGGAGGGGGGCGGUGCUGGUGCAGGCAGUGCUGGUGGAGCUUCAAGAGGAGGUACUGGGGGCAGCGGUGGGGGCGUGUCAGCCUCCUUGACCCCAGCCAUCUGGGAGAAGACCAUCCCCUAUGAUGGAGAGACCUUCCACCUGGAGUACAUGGACCUGGAUGAGUUCUUGCUGGAGAACGGGAUCCCCGUGAGCCUGGAGGAAGAGGAACUGCAGAAGACGCUGACCCCGGUGGUCGGGAAAGGCAAAAGCGUCCCCAAGGUUACGGCCACAGCCGUCGCUACAAGAACAUCACCCUCUACAUCUCCUCCGCCCGCUCCCGACGCCUCUACGGCCACCCCGGAACCAGAAGAAGCGGUGACUGUCACCACGCUACAGCCUGCCAAGUUAGAUGAUGAGGAUGAGGAGGAUCAAGAGGAGGAAUCUUUGCCUGAGGAGGCCACAGCAGCGGAAGCAGUGGAAGUCAACAAACCAACUCCUGGUAAUAAGACCGUCGAGCGCAACACGCCCUCUCCCAUUGACCCGGACGCCAUCGAGGUUGAUGUCAACUUCCAGCCAGACCCAACAGACCUGGUCCUGUCCAGCGUGCCGGGUGGAGAGUUGUUCAACCCACGCAAACACAAGUUCUCGGACGAGGAGCUCAAGCCCCAGCCCAUGAUCAAGAAGGCCAAGAAAGUCUUUGUUCCCAAUGAACAGAAGGACGACAAAUACUGGUCCAGGAGGAAGAAGAAUAACCUGGCCGCCAAACGUUCCCGCGAUGCCCGCCGCCUCAAAGAGAACCAGAUCACGGUGCGCGCCUCCUUCCUGGAGCGGGAGAACGCGGCGCUGCGGCAGCAAGUGGCCGAGCUGCGGAAAGACUGCGGCCGCUGCAAGAACAUCCUGGCCCGCUACGAGGCCAAGUACGGCCCGCUGUAAAGAGCUGGUAAAGUCCACCAAGUAUCAAUCCGACAAAAACUUCCUCCCCCGCAGAAUUCAACACAGACACAAAACACACAAGGGAAAUCAAAAUUUGCACUCUUGCUGACCUUCAGUCACUGUGUCGAGCUCCAGGCGCAGGUCCGAACCUGGCACUGGAGCGGCGGAUACACACUGGCGGGGGCAGGUUGGGAGCGGUGGUCACGGGAAGGUCUGUGGAGAGCGCCUGGCUCCUUCACUUGAGAGGAAGGCGACGACACUCCCGCGGGCAGACACACAUGACAGACAACACGGUCGGUCUCGAGAUGCUUUCAAGAAAUUCAGGAAAUAUGGCAAGCUGAUUACACAUUUGUCUUUUUUUGUUUUUUUAAUCACCGCAUAGCACUUCCUUUCGUGGACCAAAGCAUGUGUGCCAUCCGUCGUGUAUCUAGUAUGGUGCCCACUCCCUUUAGCUUCCCUUGUGCUGCUGCACUUUUAUUUGUGUCUAAUUCCUUUUAACUCUCUAGAAGGUUAUAGAGGCUGGACAAGGACGGAGUAGAUAUCAGGUACUUGGGCUGGCAAAGAAGGGAAGCGAUGACCUCAGGUGGUGAAGGAGCGGCGGCGGAGAGUCCGUUUAGUUCUUCCUUCAAGUAACACACACACACACACACACACUAUAUGUAUAGUCAUCUCCAGUGUGUGGUCCAUUGUUGCACUUUUUCUUCAAGGAUUCUCGUGGUGGCUGGUACCUUUACAUCACUGUGGAAGGGACGGUAGCUUUUAGAAAACGUGCAUGAAGUCCUUGUGCCAACCUCAGAUCAGCUUCCCGAGCUUCACUAAAGAUUUGAAAAAUAUGGCUUUGGAGUCACUUUGACAAAGAGGAGUAUUUUUUAAUGUCGGUUAAGGUUUGAAGAUAUCCAAGGCUCUCCCUUUUGCGGAGGGGUACGUAUGUGAGGAUGUUUAUUUUACUACACUCUGCAAGUAGAGGGCGCCAAAGCCCCCAACUGUUCAUUGGUAGUGUAAUGAUGGCGCCCAACGGCGACUGCUUUUAAACCCUGUAAAUAAAUACAUGAUGGUCUCAAGGUCCUGGUGUCCUCAGACAGGGGCUUUGAUUGUGUCUUUAUUAAUCCAAUACUCUUCAUUAUAUUUGCCAAAUAGUCGAUGAGUGCUGUAUUUAUUCUGAUGGUAAUAACACAUCUGUCCAUUGUCAUGUACAAGAAUAUGUCAGAGAUUUAUUGAGGGGAAAAAUGAACCCAAUGACAAAGCAGGGACUCCAAUGGGUAAACUGUGUUUUUAAAACCAGAUUUAUAUAGCUCUAAGAGUUUAUUGUUCUCCGUUCAAUAUAUAGAUGUGUGUAACACAUAAAAGGGCAGGGUACACUCUCAUUUACCUCAUCCAACACUCGUUGGUUUGAAUGAUUAAGAGUUUAGCCGGACCGGGUUUAGUACGCAGCGUAUAGGUCCUUGUGGCAAAAUCCUAAUUCUUUUUUUUCAAGACUCGCCAAACUGGGUACCUGUUUUAAUUAGUAACUGCAUUAGAGACUGUUACAGUACUCCAGCGUCUUCAGCAGACUGAGCGCUUUGUGCUCACCAUCAAGAGACGAUAAAUGUGGCAAUAAUACUCGGUUGUAUAUUGCUUGUUUUACUUCGAUGAUAUUGUGUGUAAAAUUGCAAUGAUUCUCUUUCUAACGCCCCAAAGUCAUUUGUGCUUCCAGUUUUGAUCCUAAUGCAUGAAACCCAGUGUACUUUGUCUUCUAUGGAUGUCUCGACUCUUCUACACCAAGUGUACUUACUGUAUGUCUGUAAAGCAUCACCCAAGAGCAGGCAUGCUUCUGAUGGGCGUGCUGACGCGGAGCAUCUGUGUUAAGAUGUUAUGACUCGCUUAAUAGCGCCACCUAUCUGAGUGCAGCCUGCUUGAUUUAACAUUGGGGCAAAUGUCAGCGGAAAAUUUGCAUCUUUCCGAUCACUGUGUGGAUUAUUUUCUAUGGAUCUAUAUCUAGAUACACUGGAUCAGUUGGUGCUUAAGUGUUCUCUUGGUCGUUUGUGAGGGUGUACUACAGACACUUGUCUUUUUUUUCUUUUUUUUGCAUUGACAUUCAAACAAAAUAUGCACUGCAUUGGACUCUUUAUACGUCAGGACUCCCGCUUUUUAAAAAUUCAAUCUGACGACGAGCCAAGCGAGAUCAUUUAGUUGGAGUCGGACAGGAUGUAGCAUUUUAUUUUGUGCUUAAAGACAACAGACGCACUCACUAAUAUUAAAUUUGACAUACCAGACUAAUGAGAAGUAGUCUUGCAUGUGUGAUGUGUUGCCACCUUCAAAGUGUGCAGCACUGGCGCCACCUAUAGGCAGUACGUGCAAGAUCUCUUCAUACAGUCGUCUGAUUUUACGCUAAGCACAUUUGUUUUGCAUGUAUAACAAGAUAUACGCUUCUCUCUGUGUAAAACUUACUAUGUCAAGCACAAAUUCCAUAUAGCAGCAUCUCCAGUGUGAUGUUUUUGUUGUUUCCUUUACCUGUUGGUGGCGCUAAUGUGUACAUUUGAAGGUAAAAUUGGGUCUGAAAUGGUUAUUCAUUUUGCUUGGCAUCACUUUAUAGUAGCUCCAACUCUAUAAUAAGAGAAAAUAUUUCAAUAGGUUUUUACUGUUUUAUUUUAUUUUUUUUUGGUGUUUUGCUUUUCUCCUUUUCUAUAAAUAUGAUUUUUUUGUUGGGUGUUUUUUGUAUUGUCCCGAUCAUGUAUGGAUACAUGACAUGACACUGCAGUGCCAUAGUUCUUACUGUAUGGUGUAUCAUGCAUAUCAAAUAAAUCAAGAUAUAAAGGCAA